UGCAAAAAUGGAUUGAUUCAGUUCAUCGAGGCGAAUAACAACUGCUGAAUUUAUGCAAUAUGAAUACUUGUGUAGUUUUUUUGGUGAUUAUCGGAUUAUCUGGGAGUUUUGGUGUGAGAUGUCCAACUUGCAGAGGUGAUGGAUGUAAGAAAGAAGAAAUACCAUUUCAAGAAUGUACCUCUAACAUUCCAUCAUUACCCUUUGGCACGGGUGACAUGGGUAUUCCCAAACCAUUAGAGCCUCAACAUUUCGGAUGUUUAUAUUUGGAAUAUCUUAGUAAUGGAAAAAUUACAGACAUUCGCCAAUGUGUUGCACUGAAGGAGAACCAGAACCUCUGCACCGACAUUAAGAAAGAUGUGAUUGUUUACACGUGUACUACGGAAAACAUAUCGAAACUUCAUAUUCGUAGAAUGCGACAUUCUGUGGGCACUAUUACAUCAGAACUUGAUAGCUCCAACUCUUCAGAUACAACAUACCCAAUCGGCAAACCCCGAUCAUCUCUGAACGACAAACUCACAUUAUCCUCAAGUGACGAAGCCGCAUCAACCCCAGCCGAAAAAACUACUAAUUCCACAAGUGAAAAUUUCUCAACUGUCGAACCCUCAGAUUCUGCAACCGACGAAUCCACAGAUUUAUCAACUGACAAACCAACAGAUUCACCAAGUGAUAAACCCCCAACCAACAAACCGACGAAUUCGCCGACAGUUAAACCUACAGAUUCUCCAACUGAAAAACCUCCAACAGACAAUCCCACAGAUUCCACAACUGAAAACCUCACCACCACCAAACCCACAAAUUCACCGACCGACAAACCCACGAAUCCUCCAACUGAUAAACCUCCAACCAAAAAACCCACAGAUUCACCAACCGAUAAACCCACAAAUUCUCCAACUGAUAAACCAUCAACAGUUAAACCUACAGAUUUUCCAACUGAAAAACCUCCAACAGACAAACCCACAGAUUCCACAACCGAAAACCUCACCACCACCAAACCCACAAAUUCACCGACCGACAAACCCACUAAUUCUCCGACUGAAAAACCUCCAACAGACAAACCCACAGAUUCCACAACCGAAAACCCCCCAACCACCAAAUCCACAAAUUCACCGACCGACAAACCUACGAAUCCUCCAACUGAUAAACCUUCAACCAAAAAACCCACAGAUUCACCAACCGAUAAACCCACAAAUUCCCCGACUGAUAAACCACCAACAAUUAAACCUACAGAUUCUCCAACUGAAAAACCUCCAACAGACAAACCUACAGAUUCCACAACCAAAAACCCACCAAUCACUAAAUCCACAAAUUCACCAACCGACAAACCCACGAAUUCUCCAACUGAUAAACCUUCAACCAACAAACCCACAGAUUCACCAACCGAUAAACCCACAAAUACCCCAACUGAUAAACCACCAACAAUUAAACCUACAGAUUCUCCAACUGAAAAACCUCCAACAGACAAACCUACAGAUUCCACAACCGAAAACCCACCAAUAACCAAACCCACAAGUUCACCGACCGACAAAACCACGAAUUCUCCAACUGAAAAACCUCCAACAGACAAAUCCACAGAUUCCACAACCGAAAACCCCCCAAACACCAAAUCCACAAAUUCACCGACCGACAAACCCACUAAUUCUCCGACUGAAAAACCUCCAACAGACAAACCCACAGAUUCCCCAACCGAGAAACCUCCAACUUCCACAAAUGAACCUUCGUCCGGUGAUGCAAUUUUGGUAGGAUUGAACUCCUUCACUUUCGUAUCGAUGAUUAUAACAAUCCUUUUUUUCCAAUGAAUAGGAAAAUUUUAUAAAUUCCAAGGCUGAAGGAGGUUCUGAAGGAAAGAAGAAUCCAAGUUAUUACUAUAUAUCUUUGUCCAGAGAAAAAUGAAUAGUAUCAUCAUCAGUGUCACCCGAAUUAUAGAGAUAGAGAGUUUAAACUGUAAAUAAUCAGCUUUAAUUUUGAUCAUUAUCUUUGAAUAUGUAUAUACAUUUUGAACACGAUUGUUUUAGUAUCAGCAAAAUGAAGAUACGAGAAGAAAAUAUUUAGAAAUUUAUUAAUUAUUAGUCUUUCAUAGACAAGAUAGUACUAUUGAAUAUAGCAAAUUCCUGUGAGUAGAAAUAAUUGAUUUGUUCUUUUCUUUUGUAUAUUUUUGUAAUAACUUAAGUGUUACAGAUUAUAUCAUAGAUUUUCAGUACUAAUUUCUAGUAAAUACUUUGUGAUAAACA